GUCGAACUGAGCCUCCCUCCUUGACUCCGUCAGACCACCACGCACUCUCGUUCUUUCUCUGCACAAUAUUCACUUAUUUGCCUCUUAAUCGGUAUACCGACCCUCCUCCCCUUCCCUCCUCUACAAGCAAUCUACAAAAUUCGCAGACCUUCCAACGAUAAACAACCUCCGCUCGACAACCUCAAAACAAAAUUCGAGACAGUGUGACAGGUUUCCACAAUGGUCGAAUUCGACGUCCACAACAUCCAGAAGAUAAAGCUGGGUGUGCAUAUCACUCAAGUGGCCUUCAUUGUCGUUUCUUGGGUCAUUGAGAUUGUUGUUUUCAACAAGGCGUCAAGUAUCGAUGGCAGACCUGGCUGGUAUUUUGGCCUUUGCUUCUUGACAAUCCCGGCCAUCAUUUAUUUGACAAUGACUCCUCGCUUUCCUCGCACCCGCAAAUUCGGCCCUCCCCUCGCCUUUACAAUCGUGGAUAUCCUGUUUGCAUUCCUCUGGAUCUCUGCAUUUGCCUCGCAAGCAAGCUAUAACUCGAGUGGGAAAUGCAAAGGUGCGUGCGGUGCUAGCAAAGCUAUUGUUGGAAUGGGUGUCUUCAUCUGGUUGUUCUGGUGCUUAACAGCAUUGAUGUCGGUCUAUGGCUACAUUUAUUUCCGCCGCGAAGGCUAUCUCCCAGGAGCCUCGAGAGCGCCCCACAAUGCAAACAUGAUCGAUCCGGACAAGGAGGCAUUCUCAACGGCUCCUCAUGACGACGAGUACGCACCUGUCCACAAUGUGGAUGAGCAUGAACUUCCAGACCACCAUGAAGGUAGUGGCUAUGGUGCUGGAUCUUCAUCGGUGGGAGGUGGAUAUGAUGCACCAAGUUAUACAAGCGGAGGAUAUCAACCACCUCAAGUCCAUGAUGAGCCAACCAGUUAUACUGGUUAUACUGGCUCAGCACCAGUUAACAGUGGACCUGGAGGACGACUUCAGUUUCCUGAUGCGAGAUACGACAAUGUAUGAGUGGCGUUGUAAAAAUAUGGGCAGGUGGGCAUGCAUGCACAAAGGCGUUUUGGACAUGAUUUCGGGUUCGCCGUGUUGAUACCAAUAGAUGUGCAAAUAGAAGAUUCUUGGUCGGC